AUGGAUUCAAGUUCUGAUUCUAACGAGGAAUCUAUCGAUUAUGCAGAUAUUCACGAUACCAAUAUGGCAAAUGUAAGACUAACCAAAGAUAAUGAACGACUUACAAAUUUAGUUAACUCUCUAAAGCACCAAAUUUCGGAAUCUUGCCAAUUUGUAGAGAGAAACGCAGAACUUGAAAGAAAUAAUCAAAAAAUACAAGCAGAACUACGAUCUACAAAGCUAGAAUUAGAUGAUUAUAAAAAUAGGCUUGAAAUCUCGAUGAAAACUAUCGAAGACCUGAAAAACAAACAGGCUAAAGAACAAUUAGCAAGAAAAGAAAUUCCAUCAUUUACUGUUAACAAUGACAGGGAGAAAGAUCUGCUAAAUCAAGAAAUCAAAGCAAUAAAAGAACAAAUAAAUAAAAAGAAUAACGAAGUACUAAAAGCCCAAACGGAAUUAAGUAGUCUUAACGCAUCUAUCAAUUCUCUACUGAAGGUUUCACAAACUGUUUUUAAUCAAGUGUUUGAAAAUCCUAAAAAAUUAAUGCAAUUCUUAAUAAACCAACAACAUAAUCAAACACCUGAGCCAUCACAAGAAUGCAUACAGCCAACAAUAUACUAUGACGAUAAACUUUUGGCAAAAAUAGAAAAACUUCAAAAUCGAAUUAAAAAUGAAAAACAUUAUUCAUUAGAAUUACAAACUCAGUUCGAUAAAAAGCGCGAAGAUUACGAAAAUAAGAUUUCAGAGCAGUUACAACAGAUCAACAAACUUAAUUCAGAAAAUCAAGAUUUACAUCAUCAAAUUUCACUAAAAGAUCUUGAUAUUUCUCAGCAGAAAACAUUAAUGAACAGUGAAAUCGACUCACUCAAACAAAAAAUCACUAUUUUGACCAAGAAAAACAAAGAACAAGAAGAAUCUUCAAUGAAAAACAAAAUUUUUGAAUUAUCUGGAACUCUUAAACAAGAAAACGCUGAUUUAAAGCGUCAAAUACAAGAUCUCAAGCAUGUAUCAGAUGAACGCGAUCGUCUUCAAAUCGAAAACAAGAAUCAAGCCAAAUUGUUGAUGGAUCAAAGGAAAUAUUUUGAUGAUCAGAAGGAAACAAUGAAAAAGAGAAUGGACAAAGUAACAGAUGAAUUAAAUAAUGUUAAAAAACAGAACGAACAACUCGAAAUGAAAUUAAAAUCAAUACAAUUCGAUAAAGAUUCUCAAGAUGAAUUAAACAUUGCUAAUAUUGCUAAAUUUAAGAGUCUUGAAUCAUCACUUGCGAUGGCUGAAAAUAUCAAACUUGAAUUACAAUCACAAAACCAAAAAUAUGCAAGAUCUAUCAAAUAUCUUGAAGAAAAUCUCGAAAACAUGAGAGCAGAGAACCAAAAACUCUUAAGACAUAGAGAUAGACUUGUUUCUGUUGUGGGAAAACAAAGUUUAUUGUUAAAUAACUUAGAAAAAUAUUCAUCUGAAUUAAAUUCAGAAAAUAGAUCAAUAAAAGACAAAAUUAUUGAAACAAAGACAAGAAUAAUACAAAAAGAAGCAGAAAAACCACAAGUUAUUGAUAUUCCUAUUACUGCUUGGUAUUCUCAAGAGUUUUCUAGAGAACUAUGUUCAGAAAUCAGUAAAAUUGUUAAUUCACCAAUAAACAAUGUACAAAAGAUGAAAAGUGUAAUGGAUAUGGUUGGAUCUGCUUAUAACAAGCAAAUACAAGAAAAAUCUAAACAGAUUCAACAAAUUACAGAACAAAAUGACACAAAUAAAAAGUUACUUGAAAAAGUUAUAACAACAUUAUCUGAUAUUCUUGAAAUGCCACAACUUUCUAUUUAUUAUAUAACUGCUGAUUUCGAAAAGGCUUUCUCAGAGAUUAAUAACUAUAUUGAGAAAAUUAGAUUCGCUUCAACACAAGCAGCAAACAGUAAAGCAGAAGUUGAAGAUGAAUUGGCAUCAAUUAUCGAAAAACUUGAUGUUAAAAAUAAAGAUGAUGCAAUUGAAAUGAUAAAUGAACUGUAUUUGCAUAUUAAAAAUCAAACAUCGGAAAUCAAAUCAUUCAAGAAACAGAUAAACCAACUGAAAAAGCUUAUCAAGGCAUGUAAUUCUCAAUCUGAUAUUAAAGAUUAUGAAAAUCAACAGAAAAUCAAAACUUUGACUGAAGAAAAUAACGAAAAAGAUAAUGAAAUAGUUAGUUUAUCAAGAAAACUGAAAGCAACAGAAAACUCAAUUAAAAUUUUAGAAAAACAUAUUGAAGAUGUCAGAAACAAAGCUAAAAACGAUGUUAAUAAUGCAAUUAAUAGUAAUACAAUGAAUUCGAAAUCAGAAUCAGAGAAAUGCCAAAAGAUUAUUUCUGAAAUUAAAGAAACAAAAGAUAAAUUGAAGGCGGAAAAUGAUGAUCUCAAACUUAGAAUCAAGUUCCUUGAAAAUGAAAUCACACAACUCAAGGGUUGCAUAAUAACUGUAGAAGGUGCAAGAAAGAAAUCUGACGAAGAAAUGUCAAAAUUAUUGAAUCAAUUUGAUAGCUAUGAUGCUAAGUUAAGAGCAGAAUUUGCAAAGGAAAAGGAAGAUCAGAAGCAAUUAUACGAGAAACACAUUGAAGAUCUCAAGAAAAGAAGUGCAGAACUUGCAAACUCUCACACCGUUCUAUCAAAUUCUCUUUGCGAAUGCAAUGACAAAAUUUCGGAACUUUCAAAGAAAGUUAUAUCAUAUGAUAAGCAAAUUGAUAACAUAAACUGUGAUAACAAACUCAAAAUCGAAGAAUUAAAUAGACAGCUUGAUGUUGCAAACGCAAAAAUUAAAUCAAUUUCUUUAUCUAAAGAUAUUGAAUAUCAAAAUAUCAUUGAUGAUAUCACUAAGCAAGCAAAAUUCGAAAAACAGAGCUUAAUGGACUCUUUUGUUUGUGAAUUGUGCCAGUUUAUUGAUCCACAUAUUCAAAUUACGCCAUCUAUAAUUAUUACUGCUGUCAAGAAAGCAAGUGAAGAAUUAAAGCGAUUAGAAAUGCAAGAAGAACGUUUGAGAUCAAUAUUAAGCUUAUCAAACAAGGAUUGUGUUGAGGAUUUCGUAUCGAAAUUAGUUAUUUCUCAAUAUAUGCGCAAAUAA